AAAAAUGGCUCGGUCUCUCCCACGGUCUUUUCUCUGCAUCUCCCGCGGACCAGAGGAGACGAUGCCCAAUUAGAGGAGGAAGAAGAAGACGAAGGGAUUGAAGAGAAGGGGUAUAUAGAAGAGGGAAGGAGGAAAGAGGGAGAAGAGGAGACAGGAGGGAAGAGGGGAUGGUGUUCAACGCGGGGUGGGUGACGGCGGUAGCGAGGGCCUCGGCGGAGGCCUGCCAAUAUGUGGCCUGCAACCCGGAGCGGCUGAGCAGCGAGGAGGUGCUCGACCUCCUCUGCUGCCUCCCCCUCCGCCACCUCCGCCGCCUCGCCAUCUGCGUCUUCUCCUUCUUCUGCAUCCCCCCUUCCCUCCCCGACGAACCCCGCAACCGCGGCCGCCGCUACACCUACCGCUAUUCUCUCUCCUCGUCCUCCGCUUCUUCCUCCUCCUCGGACGAAUACGAUUCCGCUGGUGGUGGCUACGACUCGCAUUCUGAUUGAUCAAUCGAUUCCGGUGGAUCUCCUCCCUCUG